GCCGCCCCCGAGCUCGAAGUUGGCGGGAGCCUAUAAAAGCCAGUGACGGGGCGACCCGCGGACACGCACGGUGCAGGCGCCCGAGCAGCCACCGCUAGACAGGCGCCAACUCCUGCCUUGCCCCGACCGCCGGCGCUACCAUGUCCCAUCACUGGGGAUACGGCAAGCACAACGGACCUGAGCAUUGGCAUAAAGACUUCCCCAUUGCCCAGGGAGAACGCCAGUCCCCUAUUGACAUUGACACCAAAAGAGCCAAGCAUGACCCUUCCCUGAAGCCCCUGUGCGUUUGCUAUGAGAAAGCAACUUCUCGGAGGAUCAUCAAUAAUGGUCAUUCUUUCAACGUGGAGUUUGAUGACUCUCAGGACAAUGCAGCACUGAAAGGGGGACCCCUCGAUGGCACCUACAGAUUGAUUCAGUUUCACUUUCACUGGGGCUCAUCUGAUGGACAAGGUUCUGAACACACUGUGGAUAAAGCGAUGUAUGCUGCAGAGCUUCACUUGGUUCACUGGAACACCAAAUAUAAGGAUUUUGGGAAAGCUGUGCAACAACCCGAUGGAUUGGCUGUUCUGGGCAUUUUUCUGAAGAUUGGCAGUGCUAAACCAGGCCUUCAGAAAGUCCUCGAUAUGCUGAAUUCCAUUAAAACAAAGGGUAAGAGUUCUGACUUCACUGGCUUUGAUCCUCGUGACCUCCUUCCUGAAAGCCUGGACUACUGGACCUACCCUGGCUCACUGACCACCCCUCCUCUUCUGGAAUGUGUGACCUGGAUUGUGCUCAAGGAACCCAUCAGUGUCAGCAGUGAGCAGAUGUCAAAAUUCCGUCAGCUUAACUUCAAUGGUGAGGGUGAACCUGAAGAGCUGAUGGUGGACAACUGGCGACCAGCUCAGCCACUCAAGAACAGAGAAAUCAAAGCUUCCUUUAAAUAAGAUGAUCCCAGAGCAGGGCACCCAAACAGUGAACCUUCAGAUGUUUCCCUUUAGCUAAGUACAAAUCUACCUUGGUGAAAUGGACCCUGGCUGCUUUGUGUUUGGUUUUCUAGACCCUUCAUCUCUCACUUGACAUGCUUACUGAAUAAAUGUGAAGAGCGAGACCAAGUGUCACGCUUGACAGAAGUGCUGUGGUGGGGUGCUGCUCUGCUUAGGGUAUGAGCUUUCUGUAACAGGAAUCUAAUAUAAGGGAUAGGAGUGAAGCACCUUGACUUUGUUCACAGCACAAGGGUGAUGAGCACUCACCUCACAACUGUUCAUUGAAAUGCUAUUUUUAAAAUAUAGGAAAGUAGGAUGGUUGAGUGCAAACCCAUACAGAGACCAAUUAAAGCAAAUCAGGUCAAAUAGUCACAAUUUUAUGUAAUAUAAAGCAGAUAAAAUAGUUAUUCAUGAUUCCAAGAUGUUAAAGGAAAUCUUUUAAAAUUCUUAUAUAUUUGUAGCAAAGUUAUCUUAAAUAUAAAUUAUGUUGUAAUUUAGUGAUUUUUGAAUUCUAGAGCUACAAAUGGAGUACGAUCUGUAAAAAUUGCUAUAGUUGUGGUACAGAGUAUAUUUCCAUUCAAAUAACAUAUUAUAAAUGAACAAAUAUUGUAUUUUAGAUAUAUUCUGUAAUAAAAUUCAGAAUUCUG